AUGUCUCAAUCAUUGCGACCUUACCUUCAAUGCGUACGAUCCUCCUUGACAGCAGCUCUAUGUCUCUCGAACUUCGCAUCCCAGACCUCCGAAAGGCAUAAUGUUCCCGAAAUUGAAGCUAAGACUUCACCGGAAGUUCUGUUAAAUUCAUUGACAGUCGCACGUAAUGAAAAUGAACGAGUUCUCAUUGAACCCAGUAUCAACAGUGUCCGAAUCAGUAUCAACAUCAAACAAGCGGACGAAAUUGAGCACAUUCUCGUACACAAAUUCACAAGGUUCUUGACUCAAAGAGCAGAAGCAUUCUUCAUUCUUAGGAGGAAACCCGUUAAGGGCUACGAUAUCUCGUUUUUGAUUACGAACUUCCACACAGAGGAGAUGUUAAAGCAUAAGCUGGUGGACUUCAUCAUAGAAUUUAUGGAGGAGGUCGAUAAGGAAAUCUCGGAAAUGAAGCUAUUUUUGAAUGCUCGUGCAAGAUUCGUUGCAGAAUCGUUCUUAACACCAUUCGAUUAA